AUGGCAGAGGAAGACACGCCGUUUACGUUCCACGUCAAGUCGUCCGCAGAGCCCAAGUACAGCCUCACGCUGAAGCCGUCGUCCACCGUCGCCGAGAUCAAGCAGAUCCUCACCGGCGCAGAGUACGCAAAUGUCCCUGCUGAGCGCCAGCGGCUGAUCUACUCGGGGCGCGUCCUCAAGGACAGUGAUACGCUCGCCUCGCACAAGGUCAAGGAAGGGCAUACCAUCCAUCUGGUCAAGAGCUCUGCGCCCGCCAGCAGCAGCAGCGGCACCACCAACACCACCACCACCAGCAGCAGCAAUGUCCCCGGCAGAAGCACGCCGAGUGCGCCGUCUGGAGCUGCUGGCGUGCCGACCAACCUGGCUACGGGGACGGGGAACUCGGUGCUGGCUGGGCUGACAGGUGCAAGAUACGCGGGCUUCUCUCAGCUUCCCGGAGCUGGCAUGUUUGGCCCUGACGGAGGGAUGGGCCCCCUGCCGGAUACCGACCAGAUCCUGAGCAUGAUGGAGAAUCCGCAGUUCCAGUCGACCAUGAACGAAGCCCUCCAGAACCCCCAGAUCAUCGACAUGAUGAUACAGCAGAACCCGAUGCUACGGGAUGUGCCCAACGCCCGCCAGAUGCUGCAGUCGCCAGAGUUCCGGCGGAUGCUGACAGACCCCAACAUGCUGCGGUACAUGACGCAGAUGCAGAGAGCCAUGGGCCAGGGCGGCGGAGGCCAGUCUGCUUUCCCGGCUCCAGGAGUCACCAACACCACCCAGCGUGGUGCCAGCGGUGCGGGAAAUCCCUUUCCCUUAGCAUCUUUGCUGGCCGGCAUGCCACCACCUCCAGCUCCUACGCCAGUCGCCCCAGGUACAGCAGCAGGAUCCAACAACAACAACAAUAACAAUAACCAGCAACCACAGCAGCAGCAGCAGCAGCAGCAGCCAAACCCGUUUGCCUCCCUGUUCAACUCGCAGCCUCCAAACCCUAACGGUCAAGCCGGCCAGCAGCCUCCGAUCCCCUUCACGAACGACCCAGCUGUCUUCGCGGAAAUCAUGCAGGCAAUGCGCGGGACAAACGCCCUACAAGCCCUCGUCGGUACGCAGCCUCCCCAGCCGCCGGACACCCGCCCUCCAGAGGAACGGUACGCUGAGCAGCUACGGCAGCUGAACGAGAUGGGCUUCUUCGAGUUCGACAGAAACAUCGAGGCCUUGAGACGGUCCGGAGGCAGCGUCCAGGGAGCCAUCGAGUAUCUCCUUAACUCCCCAUGA